AUGUCCGUCGAUAACACCCAACCAGAAGGUGAAAACCCCAUCACCGAUUUCACAGUAGAAUUCCUCGGCACUCAGCGCUCUUCCAAUGCCGCAUCUCGUCGUGAUCUUGGCUUCACAGGCCAGCUCGGCGGAAAAUGGUAUGCCGUCUACGGGGACGUGCUCUGGUGCGAAACUGGAGUUACUGAUCCGGCAGAGGACACUGAAGGGUUUCAUGGCAUGGUGAGAAAUGCUGUGUCCGCUCUAACUGACGAUCCGUUGGUCGUAGAGGACCUGCAUCUUAAUGAUGAUGGACAUCAAUUGCAGUUCAUGCCAUUUAAAGAGGAGUGGGGGGAGACCAACAUGUUUGGCUUUGGAGGUACGGGUAUCGUGGAGGUUGAUCCAGAGAGCGCAACUGGUGUGCUUUAUUACCUCGUGAAUGACAACGAGCACUACAAAGGCGCAGGUGUAGCAAAGGUCGAACUUAUCGACGACGUCCCAACCAUAACAGACCGCUACGGCGAAAAUGGUAUAUGGUGGAACGGCGACGAACUCCCAAAAUACGGUGAUGUGGCAACAUAUCGCGAUGUCAACAGCGAGUAUAUUUACAUCCUAGGCAACCCACCAAAUCACUUCACAGACUUCCCCGACAAACUGUACAUCUACAUGGCCCGCGUCCCUGCCGCCGACGCGUUCGACCUAGACAAGUACGAGUAUUGGUGGGGAAGGGAACAGGGCUGGAAGAGUGAGCCGUUGACCAAGUUCAACUGUGAGACUGCUGUUAUGUGGGGUGUUGGACAGGGGCAGAUUGUUUAUAACAAGCACUUUGAGACGUACUUCUAUGUUGGACUUGACCUUGGCGGAACCGUGUUUUUGAAGGCUGCCCCAAGUCCUGAAGGGCCUUGGACUGAAGGGAAGGACAUCUAUAAAGAUGAGCCUAUUGAUGACGGUUUGGUCUACGCUGGACUUGCGUAUCCUCACUUGGAUGAGUCAGGUGAAACUCUUACAAUUGGCUUCACGAACAACAACUGGAUUCGUAUCAUCAAGGUCUCAUUUACUUAG